UAUAUUUGAAGUACGUACUUGAGCCAUGGCUACCAUAUUCAACUCAUUGCCUCUCUUCUCCAUCUUCAUUAUUCAACUUAUCGUCCUCUCUUCCGCGGGUGGUGGUUUCACCGUCGAUCUCAUCCACCGCGACUCCCCAAAAUCUCCCUUUUACGACCCUUCCGCAUCCAGAACAGACCGCUUAACAAACGCCGUGCGACGCUCGUUCACCCGUGCGGCCUCUCACUCCCGAAAACAGAACUGCCUCGCUCCGAACAACAUCCAAUCCGAAAUAAUCCCGGCCAGCGGAGAGUACCUGAUGAAAAUAUCCAUCGGGACCCCUCGUUUCCAAGUGCUCGUGAUAGCCGAUACCGGGAGCGACAUCACGUGGACGCAGUGCAAGCCAUGCAAAAACUGUUAUAAGCAGAAGGCUCCGCUUUUCGACCCUAAACAAUCGUCGACUUACAGGGCAUUGACGUGCACAACGCGCGCUUGUCAAGCCGCUGGUGCUUCUUCUUCGUGUAGACAGGAUAAAAACAUUUGUCAAUACAGCGAGAGCUACGGGGACCGGUCCUUCAGCCGGGGAGACCUUGCGGUGGAGACUUUCACUUUCGCGUCCAGUUCGGGCCAGGCUCUUUCCUUUCCAACCAAGGUAUUCGGCUGCGGGUUCAGUAACGCGGGCACGUUCAACGAGUCGGCCUCGGGAAUAAUCGGACUCGGAGGCGGGCCGCUCUCGAUUGUGAGACAAUUGAGCAAGGUGAUUAACGGCAAGUUUUCCUAUUGCUUGGUCGACCUUGAAUCGAGUUCGACGAGCAAGAUCAAGUUCGGGGAGGACGCUGUGGUCUCCGGGAAGGGGGUGGUUUCGACUCCGAUAGUGAAAAAGGAAAUUGACACUUUCUACUACCUCACUUUGGAAAGUAUAAGCGUCGGAAACAAGAGAUUGGCUCAUAAGACGAAACUGCCCUCCGAAACGGGAUCCACUUUCAAGGGCGAAGAGGGUAAUAUCAUAAUCGACUCCGGGACAACAUUGACGUUUCUACCCGUGGACUUGUACGAGACCAUGGAAGACGAGUUGGUGAAAGCCAUCAACAAGAAAUACACUGCAGACCCGCAGCGGUUUUUCAGCCUCUGUUACAGCGAUACGAGUAUUGUUCCCCCUGCGCUGACGUUCAAUUUCAAAGGAGGGGCAAAAGUGGUGUUGCCGCCGUCGAGCACCUUCGUGCUGAACGGAGAUUUGCUGUGUCUGGCAAUGGUUCCCACCAACGACCUUGCCAUAUUUGGGAACCUGUCUCAGAUGAAUUUCUUGAUUGGCUAUGACCUUGAGAAGAGUGUGCUUUCGUUUAAGCCAACUGAUUGUCUCAAGCAGUAGCUGUGGUGAGGAUGGAAAUUGUUUCGUAUUAGUUGAUUAUAAUUUGAGAUCCAUGUGUAAUUUACAUUUGAAAAAUCUUGGAAGGCAAUUGAUGUAUUUGUCA